AUGAGCUCGUAUACCGACCAAGAGUAUGCGUCCGCGUCGACGGCCCCGCACAAUGUGGGUGCGGUGGCAGGGACGACGCGCAAGCGCAUUCACUCCAUCCUGGGCAAGUCGCAUUUCGUGCUUGAACCCUCGACGGUGGCGGCGCCCGUGUUCGACGCUGUCCCGCGCAAUGCGUCGUUCGACACGCUGCGACCCAUCCUCGCACGUCUACCACCUGCUCUCCACCCACCACACUCUGACGAUGGCGAUGAGGAAGAGGACGAGGGGUAUGGUGGUGAUCACUCGGUCAUGUACACGCGCUCUCGACUCGCUUCACUCGACCAGGCGAGUGUCGAGCUCUGGCGAGCGCUGCAUUCGUUCCGACCGCUCACACCGGAGUAUGCGUCCGGAUACGCCGUCGAGCCCCCGCACCCCGUCUCACCCACAGCGGACGCGUCAGAGUGCCCCGUGUUUGCAUCGGCAACUGCCGGCUCACUAGCACGCUUGCAAGCAGCGUUCAAUUGGUCAAACCUCACGCUGCGCACCGAGGUGGAGCGCGUGUGGUAUGGCGUGCUCUUCCUGAGCCUGCGCAAACGCGGCUCGGAGUCGCUAUCGUUUUACGAGGCGGAUCGGCAGGCGCACGAGGAAGCCACGCGAUCCGGAGGCCUCCUCAUGUACUGGUACGGAGCGCCCCACCCCACCACGGGCGCCAACCUGGCGACGUGCAUAUGGACAUCGCGCACCGCAGCACUCGCCGCUUCCCGCCUACCCCUUCACAAGGCCGCCGCCAUCUACGCUGCCCCGAGCUACGAGCGCUACGACCUCGUACGGUACAAACUCACCAAGCGCGCCGGCGAUCCACAGCUCCACCUCAGCGCCUGGACGCGUCAAGACGAUCUCGCCGAACGUCGUUAG